UUGUUUGUUUUAAUUAUUAAAUAUCAGUCCUCAUAAUGCGGCACUGUUGUGAAUUGUAUCUGUCACCUAGAAGCACAACUUAAAAUUUGUCAGUGCGUUUUGAAACUCACGCCCUUUAAUUAAAGACAAUAGGCUUCAGUCAAACCGAAUGAGGUCAAAGAUUAGGCUUGGGUCGAAGUAAUAAAUUAAACAUCGGAUCUUAAAUUAUGAAUUUUCUUUGAGGGUGGAGGACCCCGAGCUUCUGUAUCUUUAAUAGUGAGGAGCGAGAUGGGAGAGGCUGCGCGUUCACGGUCCCUUUUCUCGAUCCGUUGCGGCGGUGACGCGCACUGGCUCCCACACUCGCUGGAAAGGAAAAAAGCGCCGUCGGACCGCAACAGCGACUCACCGGGAAAAUGUUCCCUCCACCGCCCCUCAUCAACGCUGUCGAUGUCUGCCAAAGUCAUGUGAAAGGAUCCGCAACAUAUGAAGACUCGAGUUUUUUCCAUUAAACUUGUUUCAGAGGAUUGUAAACUCCGAGAGUGAUUAAUAAGACACAAGAAUUGAAGUUAACGUUGGACAGGUGCAGAAAAUGGCGAACCGGCUCCUGCAGCUCUUUGCCUUGUGGACUACUGUGAUAGGCAUUGCUCAGUGCUGUCCAGAGCUCUGCAGCUGCCAGGAUAAAUUUGCCCACCAGUUUGCUGACUGUGCUUACAAAGACCUGCUGGUGGUUCCCGUGGGUCUCCCUUCCAAUGUUACCACCGUGAGCCUAUCAGCCAAUAAGAUCAAAUUACUGAAAAGUAAAAGCUUUGUCAAUAUCACACAGGUCACCUCUCUCUGGCUGGCCCACAAUGAGAUAGUUACCAUAGAGAAGGACACCUUGGCCCCCCUGAUCCAGCUCCGCAAUCUGGACAUCAGCCACAACAAAAUUGUGAACUUUCCAUGGGAGGAUCUGCACAACCUCACAGCCCUGCAGCUUCUGAAAAUGAACAACAACGAGAUGGUGAACCUUCCAAAGGAUGCCUUUUCCACACUGAAAGACCUGAGGUCUCUACGCAUCAACAACAACAAGUUCACCACCAUUGUGCAGGGUACCUUCGGUGCUCUCUCUGCCAUGUCCCACCUGCAGAUUUUUAACAACCCUUUCACAUGCUCUUGCAGCUUGGAGUGGCUGAGGGAUUGGAUCGCAACAACUAAGAUUUCUGUCCCCGAGCCAAAUUCAAUUGUAUGCGAGACUCCUGAACACCUGAAAGGGACACUGGUUACAAAUAUUCCCAAACUGGACUGUACAGCCCCAACUGUCACCAUAACAUACCAGCCAAACGUUGAAAACACGGAGCUCUUUGAGGGUUUCACAGUCAUUUUAAAUUGUGAGACUACAGGGAGCCCCAAACCGCAGGUGAGCUGGGAGGUGAUGGCAGGAAAUCAAAAUUAUGUGUUCCCCUUGCCCUCUGCUGGAGAGAUAAAUGACGUGCCAAUUAAUGAUAAAACAACCAACAAUCGAUUCCUCGUCUUCAGAAACGGCACUCUCAUCAUUCCCCGUUUGAGUAAGAGGGAAGAUGGAAAUUACAGUUGCUCUGCGGUGAAUGAUUUAGGUAAGGUGGAGACCAGUGUUAGAGUGGCUAUGGCAGGCACCCAAAAACACGCCAGCGACUCGAAGCUCAGUUCUCCCAUGGACAAGAUCCAUCCAUCUGUCAAAAAGCCUGCAGAGCCCAAGACCUCCACAAACAAUGUGAUUGACUCGAACAAGCCUGAAGAGAAAACAAAGGGAUCUCCUGAAGGUUCGUCAGACAAAAAUGACGGCAGGCAGGGUGGUGGUGUUUCUAAGGACUCCACCUUUGCAAGCAGGUGCGGGGUAAGAGAUAGCAGUGAAUACAUCUCCAACCACGCUUUCAACCUGAGUUUGGAUGACCUGAAGCAGUACACUUUUGAUUUUGGUGUUAUUGCUCUAGAGGUGUCAGAGACUGAGGCCAAAGUGCAACUUAAUCCUCUGCAGCUUCCUAGCAGCAAAUCUAACCUUCAUCUCAGUCAAACUGAAAGCCAAGAAACAGUGAAUAAAGAGCCUUUGGGUCUGUUUCAGUCCGCAUCCAGUAAAGCCACCCUAGACAUGCUCUACCUCUGCGUAAAUACAGGUAACGGACACUCCGUGGUUCAGUGGUCCAACAUAGAGGAAGGGGUUAAUGCCUACCGCUUCCAUGGUUUACAGCCUGGCACCAAUUACACACUUUGUCUCACCUAUGGAGGGAAGGACUGCCAAGUACAAGUAGUCUUCACAACUAGGAAGAAGAUCCCCUCCCUACUCAUCAUCGUGGUUGUUAGCAUUUUCCUACUGGGUCUGGCCACUGUUCCCUUACUAGGGGCCACCUGCUGCCAUUUGUUAUACAAAUACCAAGGGAAGACCUACAAGCUGAUCAUGAGGGCUCAGAAUCCGGAUCAGAUGGAGAAACAAAUGACUGGGGAGUUUGAUCCCAGGGCGUCUUUUGUGGAGUCGGAGAAAACCUUCAAUCCCAGUGAGUUAGGCGAGGGGGAGGGAGAGGUCGAGGGAGAGGAAGGCGACGGAGAGGGAGAGGCCGAGGGGAGCGUCGUGACAGAGUCCAUCCCCGGAUCCUCGUCCAAAACCAACCAGGAGGAGUUUGAAAUGGGCUCGGAGUACAGUGACAGGUUACCGCUGGGAGCAGAGGCAGUCAACAUCUCGGAGGAGAUCAACGGGAACUACAAGCAGCCAAGCCGCUGAACAUAGCUGAUGUCUCUGAGUAUACAGCCCAUUGUAAAAUAUUUUACUCUUGAGUAGCCUACAUUCAAGCAGGUAAAGCACCCACCAUUACUUCACGUGAAAACAGACGGCUUAUGAUUUAAAAAAAAAAAAAAAAAAAAGGUUGAUAUUCAAUUUUUUUAUUACCUCAGAAAGUACUUCGUCAGUCACUUGAGAUUGUGAAUUGAUUCAUGUGGCAUUCGUAUUCUACUGUAAGGUUAAAAUAAGCAGCACACGUUUACGAGCACAGCUUUGUAUAGUUUAUCAGACAUCGAAAUGUUCAAUUUUAUGCAGGACGCACACAGAUGGACAAGGGCGCAAACUGUGCAAACGGCGAGGAAAAAAUUGAAGGCA